AUGCAAAUUCCUUCAGCCGGACUUUGCCAAGAGUUUUGUAUAGGAAAAUUAGUUAAUAUAACUCUGUUUAUAGUUCAGAAUGGGACAUGCAUUUGUCCGACAGACAACCCUUUGGAUCUACAUCUCAAUACCAAUCACUGCAAAAUUGACUGUUUUAAUGACAUGAACUCAACACAUAGCUACAAGAGUAAUUCAUGUUGGAAACCUACGGGACCUAAAGCCUACUAUGUUUUUCUAUCUCAACUAAUCCAGGGGGAAGAUUGGGCUACAUUAAAUUCUGUUUACUGCUACAAAUCGAAGUCUACAAAUGACCAGUUACAAGGUUGCAAAGACGUUCCCAUUGAACGAGUGAAGAUUGUCGAAGAGGAGCGAUGUGAAAGUUGUAAUACGGCAUUUAAUUUAUUACGGAAAGGAAACAACAGUACAGCAAAACGUUCAAAAACAAAUCCAUUAGUUUUCAGAAGACAAACCUACAUCAGUUAUGAUCGAGAAUCUGUAACUUUUUCCGAUUUUGAGAAAACGAACAUAUUAUCCUGUCAACUAUGUAAAAAUGGAGGCUGUACUUUCACAGACUGCAAUAUAAAAGCAGACCAUACUGUGUGUUCUAACGAGCUUUUUAAAUGUAAUCUGACCUUUGCAUCAACACCCACAAAAACCAUGUUGACGACAACUGCUACAGUGGGAAACUAUUCCAAAUCGCUAGAGCUAUCAUCACUGCUAUCAACAUCAGUAAUACAAAAACCAAAUGCCGCAACACAUACUCUAGGAUCAUUUUCACAGGAACAGACAUCGACACAGUCACUUGAUGAGAUUACAGAGAAAAGUGAUACCAUGAAGAAGUAUGGAAUUGUAGCAACAUCCUUCCUAAUUUGUGUGAUAUUAAUAGGAAUAAUUGUCUUUAUUAUCAGAAAACAAAUAGUUAGUAAGCGGAAACAAUCAAGCACACUAGACGCAAGAGAGAGGGGAUCAAACAGAAAGGAACAGACGAGGAGUGAUGGAGUUGUAGUUGCAAAUUCGCCAAAAUCAUGUCUGUAUGAUUUCGCAGACAACAGUAAAUUAGAAGAGGAAACUCAAUAUAAACAAGAAAACGAGGAUGUGUAUCAUCAUCUCAGAGAAAGCGUUCCGACAAAUGAUGCAAAUGAUGAUACAUAUAUGGUAGCACGAUACAAGACAUCAAGAGAAGACAACGUGUACUUAGGAAGGAUGGAAGAUCAAUAUGAUCAUCUUAUAAGGAGAGAUCGUACAAGACAGGAAAACGAUACCUACGACCAUGCACCGAUGUACAUGUAGGCGAGUCUACAUAUUCCAGCUAUAGUAACAAUGUGGGUGGCAAAAACAAAUCAAUCAAAACUU